AUGAUAGCUACGAUACGAUUGAGGAUGCUGCUCGCGCUGCUACUAAUAGCGUUGCUGCAGAUACACACUGUCGCUAGGAGCAUAAAGUCAACCCUGGGCUUUAUUGACAAUAAGCGCGUUGUGGAGCUAGACCCAAGCGUGCAGCACGUUCCGUUGGACCCAGCGAAGGCACAUCUGCGGCCACCUCCACCCCAAAUUCCCUCGUCGUUCGACAUCUUUGUGGGUCUUUCUGUCUUCCGCGAUGGCUUUCGCUGUGGUAAAACCAUUUUCACGGGCAUUAAGCGGGCCAAGUACCCAGAAAGGCUCUUCUUUGGCGUCGUAGACCAGGUGAACACUGGCGACGAGCGUUGUCUUGACGAAUAUUGCAAGAUGGCGGAAGCGGAGUGGCCUGACAAGGGACUUUGUCCCUACAAAGAUCACAUUCGUGUUGAUUUACGCUCGGCCUUUGAGUCGCGGGGUCCCACGCUCGCGCGCCAUCAGCAACAGAAGCUGUUGAAGCAAGAAGAGUUUUGUUUGCAGCUCGAUGGCCACAGCAUCUUUACAAAUCUCUGGGAUGAGAACCUAUUGGCCGACUGGAAGCAAGCGGACAAUGAGAUGGCCGUGUUAUCCACGUACUUGCACCACAUGCAUGACUUUGUUCUGGAGAACGGUGACAACGCGAUCAACGCAGAGUUGCCCCAUCUGUGCUCGACCAUUCGCGACAGGAACGACAUAAUCCGCAAUGACGGUGCCAGUUUGAUCCGUGACUCCAAGUAUCCGCAGCUGCAGGCGCUCUGGGCUGCCGGUCUGUCGUUUAGCAAGUGCCACGCUGAACGUCGUGUGCUGGUGGACUCGCACACGCUCUGGAUGUUUGAUGGCGAGGAGUUUUUGCGCGCGUCUCGCUUGUGGACGAAUGGUUACGAUAUAUACUCUCCUAGUGAAAUGGGCUCCGUGAUCUACCAUAACUACACAAGGCCGUCUGUCACCUAUGACCGCAUGAAGGUGGAUCCGCGGGUAAAGGCGCGCGAGAAGGAAAUGGGAAAACACCGUUUCUAUCACAUCGUUGGCAAACCUGUCAAGGGCAUGAUUGACACGUACGAACUGGACAAGUACGGAUUCGGCUCUGUGCGUUCGUUUAAGACAUAUCUCAACUUUUCUGGUGUGACUUUCCAGGAAGGUGUGAAGGAUAAAGAUUCAUGUAAGCAACUUCACUGGGUACCUUAUGAGAAUGCAACAGAGAUUGAAGCUCUGAUGGAAAAUGGCUGGAAGUUGCAGGGGCUUGCUGCAGAUGUCCGCGCUGAAAAAAGUGCGAAUUUCAGCGACGAUGAGGGGUUAGCAAGGUCGAAGGCGCGGCUGCGGCAGGAACUUGUGGACACUGGUACAGCGAAGGGUCCCUCCGCUACACCAGUAUGGCUCUUCAUGUUUGUAGUUGUCGCUGUUCUUUUCGUGACUCUAUCGAAUGACAGCGUAUACCGAUCGAUCCAACUUACUUUCUACGCCCGUUGGCCGCGCAAAAACAGCUCCAAAGAGUAA